ACACCCCUUGGUCGGACCCCACUUCCGCUCCUGCGCGCUGAGGCUCCGGCGGACCUCUGGUAGACAUGGCUGCUUCCCGCUUACCCCCAGCGACGCUAACGUUAAAGCAGUUCGUAAGAAGGCAACAAGUUCUUCUCCUCUACAGAAGGAUUUUGCAAACAAUUCGGCAAGUUCCAAAUGAUUCUGAUCGCAAAUACCUGAAAGAUUGGGCAAGAGAAGAAUUCAAAAGAAACAAAAGUGCCACCGAAGAGGAUACAAUCCGGAUGAUGAUUACUCAAGGCAAUAUGCAGCUCAAGGAGUUAGAAAAAACACUUGCUUUAGCAAAAUCUUAACUAUAGCAUUAUUCUGAAGGAUUUUCAAAGUCUCCAUGUGUUUUGUUGCAUUUAGGAUUAACAAUGGACAACACAAAGCCCAGUCUUACUAUUUAUAUGUACAGUAUUUGGUGAUAGAGAGCAAAGGAAAAACACAUCAGAACAGUUGCCUUAACACUGAAAAACAUACCCUGCAUUUUGAAAAUGUUUAUGGAUGUCUCAGCAGUUUUUAAAAGAAGAAAAAAACCACUAACAAAUGGCCAGUAGAUGCUGGACACAAUCAUUAGGGAAGUGUAAAUCAAAACUACUAUGAGGCCAGGUGUAGUGGCUCAUGCUUGUAAUCCCAGUACUUUAGGAGGCUGAGGUAGGUGGAUCACUUGAGGUCAGGAGUUCAAGACCAGCCUGGCCAACAUGGUGAAACCUCAUCUCUACUAAAAAUACAAAAAUUAGCUUGGUGUGGUGGUGCAUGCCUGUAGUCCCAGCUACUUGGGAGGCUGAGGCAGGAGAAUCACUUGAACCCAGGAAGUGGAGGUUGCAGUGAGCUGAGGUCGUGCCACUGCACUUCAGCCUGGGUGACAGAGUGAGACAGUCUCUUAAAAAAAACAAAAACAAAAAAACCCUGAGAUUCACAUUCACUAGAAUGGCUGUAAUUAAAAAGAGAAAUAAUAAUAAGUCUUGGUGAAGAUGUACAGAAAUUACAGAACCCUCAUACAUUGCUGGUGGGAAUGUAAAAUGGUGUAGCCACUUCAGAAAACAGACUGUCAGUUCCUCAAAAGAUGAAACAGCUGCUGUAUGAGUUAGCACUUCUACCCCAUGCCCAUAGCCAUUAUUUGGCACUAAAAAGAAACGAAGGACUUAUAUAUACUAAACAUGGAUAAACCUUGAAAACAUUAAGUGAAAGAAGCCAGUCACAAAAGAUCACAUGAUGAUUCCAUUCAUACGAAAUGUCCAGAAUAGGCAGAAAGAUUAGUGGUUGCCUAGGCUGGCUGUAGAUGGAAUGGAGUAACUGCUAAUGGGUGUAGGGUUCCUUUUCAGAGUGAUGAAAAUAUCCUACAGUUAGCUUGUGGUGUAGGCUGCACAACUCUUGAAUAUAUUAAAAUCCACUGAACUGUACAUUUUAAAUGUAAGGUAUGAAUUGUAUCUCAAUAAAGCUGUUAUUAAAAAACUCUUGAGGUGUAGGACUGAAAGUAUACUGACACCAGGAGAUACCCUGGAACUUUCUCGAAAAAUCCUGCAUUAUCCCUGAGGGUUGUUCAGGUACGUUCUUCAGAUGUGUCAUCGUUGGAUAGAGGACUCAUCAAAAAGAUCACCAGUGGGAAUCUAGAUCUUUGUUGAAAAGGGAAGAGAAAGAGAAGCUUAAUGAGCACAUUGAAGCACUUACCAGAAAGAAGAGGGAAGACUUCUGGAUGAAACCUCUGUGAGUACCUUAACAUUCACGUGGAAGUAGUAAAAAUAAGAUUCUGGGUGCAGUUCUCCUCCAAUGACAGGAAAAAAAAACAAAGAGAAUUUGAAGAAUACGUCAGAGACAAAUACAUUACAACCAAAGUUGACUUCAAGGCACUUUUGAAGGAGAUCAAAUUUAUAACAAAUAAUUUAGUGAAAGUGAAAGCUUGUGGAAGAUGUUGGAAUCAUCCAUCCUGAAAAUUGAAGUCUUCUGUUUAUCAACAGAACAGCUAAGAAGCUAAUCUAAGAAUGACCAGCACCUGAAAGAUGUAGACAACAUUUUGCAGAAUGAUAAAUGGUAUCCAGUACUGGACUGUGUCUGAGAGGCAUCAACUGAAUGUGGAUGUUGAUGACCUGGACUGUCAGGGUCCACCUCUACCUCCCAGAGCCUCAGAGCCCACAAGACAAAAUAAUUCUGAAUACUGUUCCAUGGGGGUAAUCUACUAAUUCAAAAUGCCUGCCUGUGCCAAUUUUCAGGUUUUUAUGUAGAUAAGUAUUAGUUAACCUGUUGCAAAAUGAUCUGACAAAUAGAAGCAUUUGUGACGUUUCUGAACAGAGAACACUUUGGAAAUAUUUUUUGUGUGACAUGAUUGAUAGAUACAUGCUAUCUCUAGUAAAUCUAAAAUCUUGAAACUCAAAAUCAUCCUUUUAUGGGUGUAGAAGUCAGUGAUUUAAUGAUGUUCUUCCUAAUAGUGGUGUGCAUGGAAAGGUUUUCAUUAAAGAGCAUAUGUGGUUUGCAUUUGCAAGAUUCAACUAGCACAGACUCCAAGAAAACCUAAGUUUUUUUGUUUUUUAAAGCAGGUAAGGCCGGGCACUGUGGCUUACACAAGUAAUCCACACACUUUGGGAGCCCAGGUGUUUGAGAACAGCCUGGGCAACGUAGUGGGACCCUGCCUCUACAAAACAUUGAAAAAUUAGCUGGGCAAGGUGGCAUGUGCCUGUAAUUCCAGCUACUCAGGAGGCGGAGGUGGGAGGAUUGCAUUUAGCCCAGGAGGUUGAGGCUGCAGUGAGCCAUGAACAUGUCACUGCACUUCAGCCUGGAAACAGAGCAAGACCCUCCCUUCCCCCCUACCCCUGCCCCCCAGAAAAAAGUAAAACUCUGAAACUUGAAUAAUCUGUCAGAGGCGAAAAUUACUGUAAUGGACAUGCUUGUAAAUCAUCUCUAAAGAACAAUUUAAUUUCUUCACUUAUAUAUUUUGCUUAUACCCUCUGAAUUAUAGGCCAAUCUUGGUGAUUAACCUAAGGGAUUUAUUUAGCAGUUUCUUCUAAGGUAUGGAGCCACAGUCAUUAUGAAGUUGGUCUGAAUCAAACUGCCAGUGAUUUUUAUAGAGGAAUGAAAAAAAAAAUUGCUGGUGAAACACACUUUAUCAUGAAGCAAUCUUUGUCAAUACUCUGGAUUAGACAAAUUACUUUCUGGAUGUUUCCUGAAAACUGUACUUCUGUUUAAAUGUUAAACUUUUGUUCCUAAAGUUUAAGAUGUUUGAAUGUCAGUUUAUGUAUUUGAACCACAAUAAAUUGAUCCUUUUAUAGUAAAAAAA